UCACUAAAAUGAUUCUGGCAGUAGGCCUGGGAUGAUUUCAUGAUCCAAGGGUUAUGCAGGCUGAAGGAUUCCUGUUCUUGGCUGCUGCCUCCUCCAUUGUCCUGUGUCAUUCCAGGCAACUGCUGGAACUCAAGUGCUGAACUGCACAGGAGUUACAAGUAACCUUACGAAGAAACAAAGAGUACAACAAGAAACAAAGAGUGCAACUUUUUGGGCAUGCAAAUGAGUAGCAACAGAUUAAUGUCAAUCCAUUUUGCGCCGUCUUCCUAUUACAAAUUAUUAUAAAUAAACUUCAGUGUUAUUCUGAUGCUAGAUAAACUGUCCAGGCUGCUGAUGACUAGAGACAGUUGUCAGAUAACUUGUCCUCAAGUUAAUUUGUCCACCAGAAAAUGUAAGCUGCCAUCACGUUGCAAAAGUGCAGUCAUAGAUGAAGGAAGGAAGACCUGUAGGGUGAUUGGGAUCUCAGCGGGUCAGGCCAUGUGACUGGAGGGUGGCCUGCUUUCCAGAGAAUUGGGCUGCUGUCAAGUGCCCCACCGUAAAGGGUAUUUCUGAACCAUAGCUUUUACGUGGGUUUUUUUGGAGGAGAAGGUCAGUUUGAAGACUGUCUUGUGGUCAAACCUGCAAUGCAUUGAGAAGUACACAGCUUUGGAGGAUCUUGACUUCAUCUCUGUUCCUCUCUGAAUUUUAAAGUAAAAUAUUUCAAGGUGAGGCAGACUUGUGGCCUCUUACCCACUGGAAAACAGUUCUUAUACUGCUUAAUUGUCUGGAGUGUAAAUAAAGCAGUAGCCUUUAAAUACAUGGACAAGGAUUCUUUAGCAAGUGGGGGAAAAGGGAGCAAACUUGCUUCUGUUGCUUUCUUUUCAGCUUUCUGGCAACUUGCAGAUUUGCAAUAGGUGAUAAAGCUGUGCUGUAGUGUUUGAGGUCUAAGACAAGAGCAAGUGUUAACCUAGUUUUUAACACUUUAUUCCGGAUCCUGCCCGUGACCUUACAGCUCUGCAAGUUUUUGUGAUUUUUUUUUUUCCCAGAUGUUUUGCAGAGAGGCAAUUUGUCAUUUUUUAAUGAGCCAUUGUAACUAAAAUAGGAGACAGGUUUUCUUUCUAUAUUAAUGUGAUAAAUACUGCAAACACUGUAAGAAAAAAUGAUGGAUGGAGUAAGUGUAUAUUGUUAUUGUGGGGUGGGUUUUUUUGUCUGACAACAUACUUGAAGUGUUCUCUUUUUAAACCAGUCAUCCUUUCUGGUUUAAUAAAAGAAGGUGGCUUAGUAAUGUUGAUUCUGAAGGGGCUUCAGAGCUGAAAUGGGUAUGUUGUAUAUGUGUAAAGUUGGGGUUAGGAGAUUAUGAAACAUUGUCACUGUGACUGUUACAUCAGUCACACUGGAGGUGCUAAUUUUGCCUGUCAGUAACUGAGAUGGUGUUUUGUCUUAGAUGUUUAUCAAAGAUGACUUUUCUUCUCUCUGAAGAUUUGGCUGAAAGCGUAUGAGGCUCUAAAUAAGCAUGAUCAGGUGGAAGCAACUUGAGUGCUGUUGGCCAGAACUUGACUUCAGCGCUUCUUUCAGCUGUUGGCACUCUUUGAUGCUGAAUGAUGAUUUAAACUGAACAGCUAAGGUCUAGGAAACCAGGAGGAUCUAUUCCCUUAACAAUGGCAGCAAAAUCAUCACUCCUUAAAGUAAUACUGCUGGGAGAUGGUGGAGUUGGGAAGAGUUCCCUUAUGAAUAGAUAUGUCACCAACAAGUUUGAUGCACAGCUGUUUCAUACAAUAGGUGUGGAGUUCUUAAACAAAGAUUUGGAAGUGGAUGGACACUUUGUCACUCUGCAGAUAUGGGACACGGCGGGUCAGGAACGUUUUAGGAGCCUGCGGACUCCUUUCUACAGAGGUUCUGACUGUUGCCUGCUUACCUUCAGCGUGGACGACUCUCAAAGCUUCCAAAACUUAAGCAACUGGAAGAAAGAAUUCAUUUAUUACGCAGAUGUCAAGGAGCCUGAAAGUUUUCCGUUUGUGAUACUGGGUAACAAAGUUGAUAUAAAUGAGAGGCAGGUGUCUACAGAAGAAGCCCAAGACUGGUGCAGGAAUAAUGGUAAUCAUCCCUAUUUUGAAACCAGUGCAAAAGAUGCCACUAACGUCGCAGCAGCCUUUGAAGAAGCAGUUAGAAGAGUUCUAGCCUCUGAAGAUAGAUCCGAUCAUUUUAUUCAAACAGAUACAGUAAACCUUCAUCGGAAACCGAAACCCAGUUCAUCUUGCUGUUGACUGAUUUUUUUUUUUUUUUUGCCAAAUUACUUUUGACUAGCUUACUCUGUAAGAGGAUGGGAAAGAUGUAGAUAAAAUAACAAAUGGGUUCCGCUCUAAUACUGAAGUUGUAAGACUCUGCUGCUUUCCUGAGGGAGCAAAACAAAUUUCCAUUUGUGAGUGACCCAUUAUUGAAUUAGUGACACUUUCUAUCUAGGAAGGUGUCGAGUAAAAAUGUUAAUAUAAGAAUGUAAUUUGCCAACUCUAAAUGAUAAAUACUUUGAAUAUAAUUAAAACUUGAAGUUCUAGAAGCACUACUUCGGGGAAACUGUUCUGGAAUUCGGAUACGAAGAGACUUUUAUAUGUAUGUAUAUUUUUAUGAAAUUAGCAUUCCAUUUUUGUUUCACUAGAGCUCGGUUUCUUAACAAUGCUAGAUAUUAAACUUUAGUCUCACUACAUUCCUUUUGAUGUGAGUGGUACUUCAUCUCUAAUGCGCUUACCACAAGUUAACGUAAAUUACCUUCAGGUUUUCUGUAAUUGUGUAUGUCGCUAUCAUUUGUGUAGGUUUUUAAGUAGGGAAAUGAAUUUCCUACAUAUUUAAUGUCCAUCUUCCUUUUGUUUACUGUUCUAAUGCCGUACUAAUUUUUUCCAGCAGUUCAAUGCGAAAUGUGAUUAUUUCUUUUAAUACAUGUCUUCCCCUUAAGUCCCAUUCUGUCAUGUUUCUGAUCAAUCAGGUAAAAAAGAAAUCUGGAUGAACGAAGUAUUUUUCAUAACUAAAAAUGGUUAUAUGUACUUUAUUCGGUCAGCUUUAGUAACACUUGGAAAUUUGCUAUAAUGCGGAUCACUUCAAGAAAGCUUUUAGUAUACAGCCUUAAAGUUCUGACCCUAUUGUUCCUGUUUGCCUGAGCUAUGAAUGUGUUUGUGAUCUCUGUACUGUGAAACUAAGGAUUUGCAAUACAUAGGGAACUCAGGAAGCUCUUAUAGCAGGUAGUGACAGCUCUCCACUCCAGUACGAGUAGAUACUUAUAGCUAAUAUUUGAGCCAAACUUGAUGCUUAUUUAAUAUGCCAUCGCAGGGUAGAGACUUAAACUUUGAUAUUACUGUACUCAUGAACUGACAGUGAACAGAAACAAGUCUCAUGUUUAAUGGAUGAUCUUUCUGCAGUGUUGCAGAUGAAGCCACGGAACGUGUAUGUGAAGCUCUCCAUUGCUGUCCCGUGGUAGAAUACUUGUAUGAGAAGUUCUUGAAAGUUGGCUCUCAGAGUACUCAAUAUCCUUUUAAUAGCUAACUUGAUAAUGCACUAUUGCUUCAAUGUGUAAUCUGACUACAAGCAUGCCUGUUAGCGUACACAUUGUAGACCUCAGAAGGAAGUCAAAGGCCUACAGGACGGGCCGUGUUUUUCACUAAACUACAGACUCUGCUUUCUGUACUGCAACCUUUUUGUUGUAAUAGAGAAGCUUUUCUUGAUAAUGCAGUAACAGCAAGAGUCUUCUCUUAAUGUGUUUGCUUUGUACCGGAUGUUAUUUAGAAGUAAAGCUUGCAAAACAAACUUCUUGUUGCUCUUA